AUGCGCGUUCAAGACCUAGCAGAUGAAGUUAGCGCGUUCCAAUCGCGUGUUGAUCGUGUCUUGGAAGACAUGCAGGCUCGAGUUGAGCAACGUUUCAAUGAACAUCAAAAUCAGUUCAUCAGUCUUACUGCUCAGAUCCAAGAGAUUCGCGCUACAGUGGUUGGGGCAACUUUUCGACCACAUGGUAUGCAUGGAGGUUCUGGUACUGAUUCCGCGGGAACUUCGCAUCCGCGUGUUGGUGUUGAUGAUCCUCGUUUUUUGCUGAAGUCCAUUCGGAUGGAGUUACCGGCUUUCAAUGGCACUGAUCCGAAUAGCUGGAUUUUUCGUACCGAAUUAUUUUUCGGAUUGCAACAGGUACCUGCUGCUCUUCAGGUCCGUUUGGCUGGCAUGCGUAUGGAGGGUUUGGCUGGACCUUGGUUCCAGUGGUUAUUCAACGGGGGUUCCAUUCAGUCCUGGGAAAAUUUGAAGGUGGCCAUUCGUCAGCGUUUUGGGGGAACUGCAUAUACGGAUCUAAGAGGUGUGCUUUCAAAACUCACUCAGGAGGGGAAUUUGAAUGAGUAUAUCAAGAACUUUGAAGCUCUCAUCAAUCAGGUCACUGAGUUCUCUGAUGAGGUGCUUAUGAGUUUUUUUGUAUCUGGCUUAUUACCUGAUCUUCGCAGGGCAAUUCAGCUCCAUUCACCUACAUCACUCCAUCAGGCUAUGCAGCUGGCCAUCACUUAUGAUGCUCAUUUUGUGGAGCUUCGUUCCUCUUUUCAAUCUCCUGGAGAAAAAAAGACUUUUACUAAAAGUUCUUAUACUGUGGACCAACCUAAAUCAGUGCCUUCCAUCCUGCCCAGCCUGAAACUAGUGUUUCCAGCUUUGCCUUCUAAUGUCCCCUAUAAGAAGUUAAGUAAUGAGGAAUUAAUGAAGAAGAGGGAGUUAGGUUUAUGCUAUACGUGUGAUGAAAAGUGGAAUUCUCGCCACAAGUGUAAGUCCAAGUUGUUCUUAAUGGUGGGAGAUUGGGAUGAUGGUGUUGAGGAGUCUGAAGAACAUAUUGUUUGGCAACCAGGAUUGGCACAAGAGGUGCCUCAAGAAGCUGCCUUACACUCUCUGAAGGGUGAUAAAAAUCCCAGAGCUCUCCAAUUCCGGGUGGAUUUUCAUGGUAAGCUCACUCCUAUCCUGGUGGAUUCUGGAAGUUCUCAUAACUUCAUCCAAAAGCAAUUGGUUGAGGAGGUUGGUUUACCAUCCGUGAAGGUUCCUAGGAUGAGGGUGUUUUUGGGAAAUGGGGAGUUUCUAAUUUGUGAUCGAAAAUGUAUGAAUGUUCCAUUGCUUAUUCAGGGGUAUUCGUUUGCGGUAGAUUUGUGGAUUAUUGAGCUUUCUGGUUUUGGUAUCAUCUUAGGCAUUUCAUGGCUAAGUCAAAUUGGUAGGGUGCUGCAUGAUUACUCUGAUUUGUCUAUGGAAUUUAUGACCAAGGAAGGAAGGGUGGUGUUACAGGGUGAAACUACUUGUAAAGCUGUGGUCCCUGUUGAUGAACAUUGUUUGCAUAUAAAGGCUGAGGAUGGGAAGGAGGGGACUGCCAUUUUACCCGAAUUGUUGGCAUUGAAACAACAAGUUCCUUUGUCGAUUUGGAACAUCUUGGUGCAAUUCCAGCCUGUUUUUCAGUUUCCAAGGGGACUGCCACCUCCUAGGGGAUGUGACCAUGCCAUCCAUUUGGUAGAGGGCGCACGGCCAGUUAAUGUUCGGCAUUACAGAUAUGGCCAUCAUCAAAAGGAUGAGAUAGAGAGUCAAGUUUCUGAAUUGCUGGCUACUGGUCUAAUUAAGGAAAGUCGUAGUCCUUUCUCUUCACCUGUGUUGCUUGUUAAAAAGCAAGAUAAUUCGUGGAGAAUGUGUAUUGACUAUCGGGCUUUGAACAACAUUACCAUUCGGGACCGUUUUCCCAUACCUACCAUUGAUGAGUUGCUCGAUGAGCUGCAGGGAGCAAGGAUCUUUACUAAGUUGGACCUAAGGAGUGGUUACCACCAGAUUUUAUUAGUUCCGGAAGAUACUUCCAAGACUGCAUUUCGGACUCAUGAUGGGCAUUAUGAGUUUUUGGUGAUGCCCUUUGGGUUAACCAAUGCCCCUUCCACAUUCCAGGAAGCCAUGAACCAUUUGUUUCGGCCUUAUCUUAGGAAGUUUAUUAUAGUGUUUUUUGAUGAUAUCCUCAUCUAUAGUAGAUCUAUGGAGGAACAUUAUAAUCAUCUGGUAUUAACUCUGACUUGCUUGCAGGAUAACUUGUUUAUGGUGAAACUAAGUAAGUGUGGGUUUGCAUUGGCUGAAGUGGAUUAUUUAGGCCAUUUAGUUUCUGGAGAGGGUGUGAGGGCUGAUCCCAAGAAGAUUGCUGCCAUGCAACAAUGGCCUCAGCCGAAGACAAUUAAGCAGUUGAGAGGAUUUAUUGGUCUCACAGGAUACUAUAGAAGAUUCAUCCGAAAUUAUGCAGCAUUAGCUUCACCUUUGACUGAUUUGAUGAAGAAGGAUGCCUUUAUUUGGAAUGAUGAAGCUGCCACGGCUUUUGCAGCCUUAAAGGAGGUGAUGUCCACUACUCCUGUACUGGCCCUGCCAGAUUUCUCCUUACCUUUUAUAGUAGAGACUGACGCUUCAGCAGUGGGAGUUGGGGCUGUUCUCCACCAGUUGGAUCAUCCCAUUGCUUUCUUUAGCAAAAAGUUGGGACCAAGAAUGAGGGUAGCAUCCACGUAUGUUAGGGAGUUGUAUGCUUUGACUGAAGCUGUUAAGAAGGGCGUCACUACUUGCUUGGCUCUAAAUUCACCAUUCGUACAGAUCACAGAAGUUUGA